UUUCGUGCCAGAAACCUUUGCGCGAAAAUGGCGCUCGUUUUUGCAGUCCUUUGCGUUUCCGCCGUGGCUGGGGCGCCCGAUUCGCUAUUUGCCUGGAUUCCUCCCAUCAAGGUCACUGCUGUAAGACCUUAUCAUUCUCACCACCGCAUGGUGGGAGGCGUCGAGGCGGAGCAGUACAAGCACGGCUACCAGGCCACCCUCAUCGACCGAGGCCAGUUCUUCUGCGGCGGCGUCGUCAUCAGUGGCCGGUUUAUCCUGACAGCUGCCCAUUGCGUGCCAGAGAAAAAUAAAACGGAUCUGCAGGUCUUCGUGGGAGCCCACAGGCUGGAGCUGAAGGGGAGAUCCAGGCAAAUCCUCGACGUCGAGAGAGCGUUCGUUCAUCCGAAUUACUCCCUCCGCGCCGGCGUGCGCAGCGACAUCGCUCUCUUGAGACUGAAGGAGGAGAUGGAUUUUAAUAAGCGCGUGUUCCCCAUCAGGCUGCCGACCCGCGACGUGGCCCCGCAUGCGACGCUGGUGGUCACUGGGUGGGGAGGAGACAAACCAGAUUGGAUUCCGCUCCUGCACGAAAUGAAGACCAAAAUCAUCCCGCUGCAGGCGUGCAAGGCGUCCUACCCGUGGGUCACCAGAGCCACAGUCUGUGCACUGGUGCCCAGCGAGUCCGCCAGCACCUGCUCGGGCGACUCCGGGGGCCCGGCGGUACACGAGGGCCGCCUCGUGGGUCUCGUGUCCUUCGGCUCGGAGUCCUGUUCACCGUCAUACCCUCAAGGAUUUACGAAUGUUUACUUUUAUACAGAUUGGAUCAAGAGCUUUGUAAACCAAACAGCCAGUGGGUGCGGUACUUUCGAUCUGUCUUUUGUAUAUAUUGUAUUAGUUUACCUCUUUUUGUGCUGGCUAUAGAAGGAAUUAGCUUCACUUGUGUCUUUAAGAAUGUUGUUCAUUUUGUUUAUCACUGUAUCCUUUAUAUGUUAAUCAAUUAAAAAUACAUCUUGGAAACAUAUUUCUAAGUAUACUUAAGGUAGAGUG